CCCUCGGCGCUGCCUGAGAGGCCUUGCGGGAUUUCAAGGGUGACUUGACUUCGCCCGAUCCUGGUCGGCAGGGUGGGGAUUCUUGGUAUUCCUCAGGCCGGAGGAUGCGACGUCUGGGUGUGGAGGUGAUGAGACAGGGGUUCUGUGCUACUCCGGCUCUGCUCAGGGCGACCUGCUUAGGGGCCUCUGGGGCAGGCCCGCUUUCUGUCAAAAUGGCAGCGCCCAGCGUGCACGGGUAUCUCUGAAGUUGGUGUUUAAGGUUCUUGCCCGUGAGAGCGAACGAGCUUGCCGUGCUUCUGAUUUUGAAACACCUGGGUCUGGGUUUCCCGGGCGAGCGGUGGAACCUGUGAGAAGUUUCUACAAUGGUGGGCUCAGCUCUCAGGAGAGGUGCCCAUGCAUGUGUCUACCUGGUGAGUAAGGCCAGUCACAUCUCCAGGGGCCAUCAGCACCAGGCCUGGGGAUCGAGGCCUGCUGCAGCACAGUGUGCCACCCAAAGAGCUCCAGGCAGUGUGGUGGAGCUGCUGGGCAAAUCCUACCCUCAGGACGACCACAGCAACCUCACCCGCAAGGUCCUCACCAGAGUUGGCAGGAACCUGCACAACCAGCAGCAUCACCCUCUGUGGCUGAUCAAGGAGAGGGUGAAGGAGCACUUCUACAAGCAGUAUGUGGGCCGCUUCGGGACCCCGUUGUUCUCGGUCUACGACAACCUUUCUCCAGUGGUCACGACCUGGCAGAACUUUGACAGCCUGCUCAUCCCAGCUGAUCACCCCAGCAGGAAGAAGGGGGACAACUAUUACCUGAAUCGGACUCACAUGCUGAGAGCGCACACGUCUGCACACCAGUGGGACUUGCUGCACGCGGGGCUGGAUGCCUUCCUGGUGGUGGGUGAUGUCUACAGGCGUGACCAGAUCGACUCCCAGCACUACCCUAUUUUCCAUCAGCUGGAGGCUGUGCGGCUCUUCUCCAAGCAUGAGUUAUUUGCUGGUAUAAAGGAUGGAGAAAGCCUGCAGCUCUUUGAACAAAGUUCUCGCUCUGCACAUAAACAAGAGACACACACCAUGGAGGCUGUGAAGCUUGUAGAGUUUGAUCUUAAGCAAACGCUUACCAGGCUCAUGGUACAUCUUUUUGGAGAUGAGCUGGAGAUAAGAUGGGUGGACGGCUACUUUCCUUUUACGCAUCCUUCCUUUGAGAUGGAGAUCAACUUUCAUGGAGAAUGGCUGGAAGUUCUUGGCUGCGGGGUGAUGGAACAACAACUGGUCAAUUCAGCUGGUGCUCAAGACCGAAUCGGCUGGGCUUUUGGCUUAGGAUUAGAAAGGCUAGCCAUGAUCCUCUACGACAUCCCUGAUAUCCGUCUCUUCUGGUGUGAGGACGAGCGCUUCCUGAAGCAGUUCCGUGUAUCCAACAUUAAUCAGAAGGUGAAGUUUCAGCCUCUUAGCAAAUAUCCGGCUGUGAUAAAUGAUAUUUCAUUCUGGUUGCCCUCUGAGAAUUACACAGAAAAUGAUUUCUAUGACUUAGUCCGAACAAUUGGAGGAGACCUGGUGGAAAAGGUUGAUCUCAUAGACAAGUUUGUACAUCCAAAACUCACUCCUUGUUCCUGGGACUGCUGCUGGCCUGCCACUUCCUGCUCACAGUCACACAUGGGGCUUCCUGAGUCUGUGCACUGUCAGUCAGAGCUGGGAUGCUAGAGGUGAGCUCCUUCCUCAACCCCAGGUCACCAAAGGGACCUCUCAGUUCUCUUCAUCCCUACUUGAACUUCCUCAUGGUUAUAUUCCCUUCUGUGAUCUGUCACUUGCCAUUUUUUAUAAUUUGGCUUAAGUGGGUAGACUAGAACACUUGUGACCAUGUCUGACAGAAUUCUCAAGAGGGUCUUCACCCUGAGAGGCACCUUCUCGGUGUGGCUGGCCUGGCUUCCCAGUGUGCAUGAGUCAUGGACGUUGACCUGGUCAAAGCUCUUCCUCCUGCAGUACUGGAGCAGUGCAUUCUCCUUCCAGUCUCCCUCUCUUCAUUCUUUUUUCCAUGUGUUCAUUCAUUUUCACUUUGUCGAAUUACGCCCAAUAAAAAUGCCAAUGCAUAAAAAUUUGAAAAUAGAAAAGAUGAGAUUCACCCAUCAUCUAAACACCCUAACACAACAGCUCUUACACUUUUACAUUUUCCCAAUCAUGGCUGUUUUCCAUAUGUGCACAUCAGAUGAGUUUUCGACCCUUACAUAGAGAAGUUGGUAUAUGCUUUGCAUUGUCAUCCCUUGGUCUUGGGGAGGCUUUUUUAACCUCUGCACUACGAUAUUUUAGGCCCGGUAACUGUUUGUCCUGUGCAUUAUAAGAUGUUUAGCAGAACCCCUGGCCUCUACUCACUAGAUACCGUAACAACCUUCCUACCAUGCGUGCACACAGACACACACACACACGCACACACAUGACAAUCAAAAAUGUCUCCAGUGCCCCCUUGGUAGGCAAAAUUGCCCCCAGUUUGAGAACCACUGGGAUUUUCUUUAAUGAAGAAUGUCUUAUGCUUCUUAUAAAAAAAAAAGUUUCAUAAAAUUGUACUUCAUUUUAUGUUAUGAGCGGUGGGGAGAAGAGAUAGAACACAUCACAGGAGGAGGUGUUCUAGUAGGGGCUCUUGUCCCAAGGAACAGAGAGACCCACUUGUUCAAAUGUAGGACAAGCCGGACAAAUUAACCAGGCUUUGGAAGGAGCAGGAACUGAGGCAGUUGAAGGGUCUGACCUUCACUCUUUCCAUGGUAUCACCACUUCCCUAUUCCAUUUCAUUUUCUCACACUUAUUCUGUCUCUCCCCACCUUCCCACCAUGUCGUUUCUGCUCUUUUUUGUCUUAUACAGAGUUCAGAAUACCCCACCCGGCCCCGAGUCCACAUGACCUUCACUGUUCAGCAAUCAGCACCAACUUCAAGUCCCUUGCGUUAUUCUGAUGGUCUCAGCAAAGGGACCUGAUUAGCCCAACUCAACUUUUCCUGCCAGAUCAGAGGCAGCUGGUGGAUGGCCUCCACUUGAGUCAGAUGCCUGCCCAGGGUCUAAUUAGCCACGUGGGUCAGGUGGACAGGCCUCCGGCCUUCUCCCAUAUGUCAGUAGGUUUACUGUUCUUACACAUCCUUCUUUAUUUUCUCUUUCACCUGAACUACGUAGCUUCUGAUUUAGGCACCACCACUUCUAGACUUCCUUAAACUUCGUGCAAAGAGAUGUGCCAUAAAUACAUUUGCCAAUU